AACCGCUGGAAUAUUCUUGGCUUCAAUUUUACUAAAAGAGAUGCGCUAUCUAGUGUAUAUAAGAUAUCUAUGGUUGUAACUGUCGCGAAAUUCGCGAUCGUGAACGACUGGAAGUGUUUGGUUGGCACUAGCACAGAAUAGAAACGCGAGCCAGCAAGUGUAAUCACGACGCCAUCAAACGCCAUCACUAGGUAAUAAAGAUUGCUGUGCUGUUUUAACCGUUUUGCUGACGAACGCAGACGUGAUGUUCGCAGCAAGUGUCACACACGUCAUCUAGCAUGCGAAAUUCGUGAUCCGCAAGGCGCGGAAACUCGCGGACACGAAAAUGUUAGGAAAAGAUAUACAGUGAGGCUUCUGGUCCAUUUUCUUUUCUGUGGCACUAGAGACCUUACGUUGGUCUCUACUAUUUUCCAUCCAGCAAACUGACCUGACGUCAUUUUCGGAAGAUGGAAGAGGUGUCAAAUGGCUAUGUAACGAACCCAAACCCUUCCCCUUCUCUAUCCCCUAACCGGAACCCUAACUCUAAACCUAACCGAAUUAAUAAAAAAGUCCAAAAAGAAACGACCUCAGAAAAUCAAUAGGGCGGUUUGCCGGAUGGAAAAUAGUGCUCACCGUUCUCGGGAAGGGCUAGGGUUGGGCGUGACCUGCGAACGGGCAUGCUCUGGGGAAGGGGUUUAUUACAAGGGGGGGGGGGAUUACUGGAAAGCUAGGAUUUUGGCAACAGACACAGGUAGAUAUCAUAUAUACAAUCGUUUUAUUAUGAUGCUCACUGUGCAUGUAAUUUCAGCCUUCCGGAAAGUAUGUCACCUUUGCUAGAACCUUGUUUUCAUGAUAAAGACGUUGGGCUUGAACUAUUUAUAAUGUCACUUACUCGAAAACAAGGCUCCACCCAAAGUGAGGUACUUUCUGGGAAGGGUGUAUUUGCCUCAGCCAAGGUAUGCAUAUUAAAAAUGUUCUCACUUGCCUUGGCAAAAAAUUUGCAUAUGAUUUUAAAUUUGGCCGAGGCAGCAUGCAACUAGUCAAUACACCAUUUCGAUAAUUACGUCAUAGGGCCUGGGAGACCUGGGAUAAUCACCAAUCACCUUGCAUAAUUUACUAAUGAGAGCGAGGCUCCAAGCCUGAAAAGUAUGUGUGAUGUAAUUAUUGAAAGGGUAUAUUAUGAAGGCUGAAUUUUAUCUCAUCUGUAAGUUCUGUACUUUAUAUUAAUUUAAAAUGUGUGCUUCAAAUAUAGUUCAUAUGAAUACUUAAUUAAUAACACAAAAGUCACUCUCACUCUGCUCAAGGUUGUCGUUUUACGUACCACCCCACAUUUUUGUAAUGGUCAUACUGGUUGCAGUAUUGUCAUGCAUUUGUUUUGGUUGUUAGCAUGGAUACAGAUUGCAUUAAUUGCUGUGUUUGUAAUGUUUUUCUCUAUAUAUUUAACAUUUAUUGAAUGAGGUUGAGUAUAUGAAGAAUGAAUUAUCAUGCAAGCUGUAUGUUAAUUGGAUAUAUCAGACACAUCUCAAAAUCUGAUUGGUUUAAUGGUCCCGUAAUGGUAGGGGGGUAGUGGAGGUCAAAUCCAAACCUCCAUAUUAUUGGUCACAGUUCACAGCCAAAUUGUCAUUACAGUAAACAUUGUUGUACAUGUUCAUUUGAUCAUACUGGUCAAAGUGCAUGGGCACGUAUUUAUAUUUGUUUUAGUGCACAACAAAAUCCAAUUGGAAUUCCAAUAGGAAUUUCUAUUGGGAUUAUUGGCCCAAAUUCCAACUGGAACCAAUUGGAAUUCCAAUAGAAAAACAGAAAAACUCAUUCCAAUUAUUGGAAAUUGACCCAAGUUCCAAUUUGAAUUCCAAUUGGAUUUCUUUAGUUGUUCUGCCUUAUGCAAGGCAUUUUUACUCCUGACAUCCGGGUAAGUCUUAUGCAUUUUCAAUUAUUUCCAGUGAUAUUGAACUAACAUGAAUGACCAGCCAAAUGCAAGCCUUGGUCAUGCCAAGCAAGAGUUUGUUUCACUGCUGUCAAGACUAUCGCCGGGUGAGAGCAAGGAUUUCUUUGAUUGGAUAAUUGAACAACAUUCGUCAUUGAGGAAUGAUGAAACAUCACAUGAUGUACAAGGCUGUCAGCUGUCGAAUGCAUUUCAACAGUGUGUUAAUGCAGAAGAAUCCUUGCAGUCUAUUAUUGAAGAUCUUCGUGGACGACUUCCUCUCAGUGGUAUUUGUGGCUCAGAGAUGAUGUUUAAACCAGAAAUUGGCCAGGUAGACCAAUGAACUAAUACAGCUUUGUAUACUCUAUGGUUCUAUAAUUUCUGAACUGUUUUCCAUAGAGGUCUAGUAAUGGCCAUCCCAUACAGUGUUAUUUGAGAAAACUUUUGCUGUUUGGUCACUCUUCUCACUUGCAAGUUGCAACUAAAUAGAAACAAAAGUCAGAGAACAGCAUAUUGCAGGGUUGCAUCACGCUUUUAGCCAAUGAAAUGCUUUUACGUAUCCCAACUAAAACCAACAGCCAAUCAUGCACUGCCCUAGCUUACAACUUGCGUAGCACCAAUGCAAGUACCUGUAAAAUAGAAUGUGUCUGCCAAUUUGCCAUUGCCGUGAUUUUAGUAUUAUAUCACCAUGCAGGACCAUUUCAUCAUUGUGAGUUUUGAUUUUUUGAAAUAACCAGUUACUUUACAUAUAAUAUGAAUCAUGCUCAAUCACUAUGCAGUGUGUACUGACUGUUCACUGGCUUGGAAGGGGUUAUAUAUAUAUAUAUAUAUAUAUAUAUAUAUAUAUAUAUAUAUAUAUAUAUAUAUAUAUAUAUAUAUAUAUAUAUAUAUAUAUAUAUAUAUAGGAAUAUAAGAAGGAGUAUAAAGGCACAUGAAACAAAAAUUGGAUAACUGGUUAAUUUUGAAUUCCUAGAACUCAGACUGUAAUCCUGCCACAACUGUAGUGAUUGAUUCAUUUCUCUAUGACGAAGACGAUAUUGACAUGUUGUGCGAUGGAAAUCAGUUCAGUAGAAAUUACUGCAGAGAUUGUGGAUCACAUAAUACAGCCCCUUUAA